CGAGACUUUCUAGGUUCCACGAAGCAAAAGGAGAAAUGGCGGUGCUGGAAUGGUUUCUAGUGCUCGGAAUCUCGGCAGCUACAAUCCUGGUGCAUGGCCAGUCAGGAGAUACAAUGACGCCGACCAAAUCCAUUGCAGAUGGACAAUCCUUAAUCUCGUCAGGUGGGACCUUCGAACUGGGCUUCUUCAGCCCUGGUGACUCGAAGAAUCGAUACUUGGGGAUAUAUUACGGAGGCACUCCAGAUAAAACAGUUGUAUGGGUUGCCAAUAGAAUCUCUCCCCUCGGUGGCUCCACAGGGGUUCUCAAUCUUAAAGGUGAUGGAAAUCUGGUACUUCUAAACAGCACCGGAUAUAUUAUUUGGUCGACAGGCACAUCAAAUGCAAUUAAUCCCGUUGUACAGCUCCGCGACUCGGGAAAUCUGGUCCUGAUUGAAGGAACUUCGAAGAAUUUAUUGUGGCAGAGCUUUGAUCAUCUAGGUAACACUUUUCUACCAGGUAUGAAGCUUGAACGGAAUUUAAGAACCAACGUUGACAGCACUUACACGUCAUGGAAGAGUUCCUCUGACCCUUCUCCAGGGGAAUACUCCUGCAAACUACAUAUCAAUGCAGUACCAGAGAUUCUCAUAUGGAGAGGAUCUGUCCAAAUAGUAAAUCGCAUUGGACCUUGGAAUGGACGUGCAUUUAGUGGCAUUCCAGAUAUGAAUACAGGUAACAUGCUCAGGUUUAAUUUACCUUUCAAUGAGUAUGAGGCCACCUACUCCUUCCAAGUACUCGACAAUUCUAUUCUAUAUCGUGACUUGUUGACCGAGACUGGAGUGGUUCAGGGUUUGGUGCGGUCUAAACCAAACCUUGCAUGGGACAUUUACUGGAGGUUUCCGAAAGACCAGUGCGACGAGUAUGCUAUCUGUGGAGCUAAUGGGGUAUGCAGUGCACGCUACUUGUAA